AUGACUCGUGUCGCGCCAACCUUCACAGAGCUCAAGAGCCUCUCGGCCGCGUGCAACAAAUUGUGGGAGCUGGACGCCAAUCGUCUCGAGCCAAACGUGCACUAUGAGCUGAAUCUACAGGAAGGAAAGAACGCGUUUGCACGUGGCGAUGUCGCGCGUGACGCACUCUUCACGUUUGUGGACCCGAGCGUGUUUGAGCGCCCGACGUACAAGUUGCUGUUUGAGCUGCUGGACAAUUACGAGCGCGAGACGGGGGUGAGUGAGAGAGUGACACCGAAGGAGCUGGCGGAGAACAAGUCGUUCUUGGACGCUGUGGUCGAGACAACACCCAUGCGCUAUGCUCAUGCGUGGCUGGUAAAGAACAAGAAGGUCACGGGAGAUCUUUGUGACUUUAAGAAGACACUAGAGUUCCUCUGGUUUGGACUUUAUCGACGAGAAGUACGCAACGACUCCUCGGGAUUUGAGCAUGUUUAUGUAGGAGAGCUGAAAAACGGCAAGAUCUGUGGCUGCCACAAUUGGCUGCAGGUAUACAAUGAAGAGCGCCAUGGCCGCAUUGAUUACAAGGGCUACAUUCGUCCUCGACAACGCGGCUGCAGAUUCAUGGAGCCGCACAACAAGGAGCAGCUGAUCACUUUCCAGUUCGAGUGGGAAGACAACAUGAAGCCAGUGUCGACCAGUUUGAUCGGAGUGAGUCCGGAGUUCGAAAUGGCCCUGUACACGUUGUGUUUCCUCAACGGCCAAGAGAACAAUCCAGUGCAACUCGGGCCGUACCCGUGCAAUAUCAAGUGCUUUAGCUUCGGCCGUGGUAAGGACACCAGGAUUGGCACAGCGUUCCCCGAGGCGCUGCCGCUAACAGAGGCACAAGCUGCGAUCAAGAUUCAAGCUGUCAUCCGUGGUAGCUGUACGCGCAUUCUGAACCCGAUCGUUCGCCGUCAGGCACCGCCUCCUCCUCUCGGUGCAGCUUGGGGCCCACUGCCCGGAGUGGUUACAACGUCGAUCGUUCAAGUCGAAGUCCGCUCGUCCACAGUAACACCGGUAAAGUCUUGUAUCCGUUCUGGUACUUCGGAAGUACCUGGUGUUGCAGCACCUGUUGUUGCGAAGCCUACGGGUGCUUGGGCUCAGCCGCGCAAAUGGUAG